CCUCCACACCCAACAUAAUUUCUCCUCCUUUCCCCCCUCUGUGCCUAGAUCUUCCUUAUUCUAUAUCACAAGAGCAUGGAGGACCUGAUAAUCCCCUUUCCAGCUUCUUUGCCCCAAGAAAACCCAUCAUUAACCCUUCAACAAAGGCUCCAAUUCAUACUCCAAAGCCAACCAGAUUGGUGGGCUUACGCCAUUUUCUGGCAAACCACACAAAACGAUAAUGGCCACCUCCUCUUGGCUUGGGGAGACGGUCAUUUCCAAGGCGCCAAUACCAAAGACACAUACCCUAAAUUCUCAAGCACCAGCACCUAUCCCCCAGCCACUUCGAUGCUACUCCCCGAAAGAAGAAAGUCCACCUUUGGUGAAAACCACCAAGUUAGCGAUAACAUGCACAUAAACGCCGACCUCACAGAUGUCGAAUUGUUCUACGACAUGUCUUUAACUCGUUCAUUCUCCGUCGGGGACGGUGUCCCCGGCAAGGCUUUCGCUUUUGAUUCUCUAGUGUGGUUGUCCGGUGGCCACGAGCUCCAGUUCUACAACUGCGAGAGAGCUAAAGAAGCUCAAAUGCAUGGGAUUGAAACCUUUAUUUGUAUCCCAACCUCAACUGGAGUUCUCGAAAUGGGAUCUCCGAUCAUUAUCAGAGAGAACUGUGGCUUAGUCCAGCAAGCCAAGUCUUUAUUUGGGAGGGAUCUCACUGGUUUGGUACCUAGGCAACCAAGCCAAAAUUUAGUUCCAAUUCAGUUUCUUGACCGAAACAUUUAUUUCGCAGAUAUUGGCAUAACUACCAGCAUUCAAGAAGAUGACAAGUACUCAGAUCAACUAGAAAAGAAAGGAGUGAUAGAAGCAAAGAAAGCAGACUGCAUCUUCGUGAACUGCAAAGAGAAGAAAACCCCCAAGAAAAGAGGGAGGAAACCUAAACUCGGCCGCAACACGCCGUUGAACCACGUCGAGGCUGAGCGGCAACGGCGAGAGAAGAUGAACCACUGGUUCUACGAGCUGCGAGCAGCGGUACCCAACGUUUCUAGGAUGGACAAGGCAUCUCUGCUGUUAGACGCUGUGUCGUACAUCAAUGAGCUCAAGACCAAGAUCGAGGAGUUGGAAUCGGAGUUUCAAAGCGAGCCUAAGGAGGCCGUGAAGUUAGAACAUGUUGACACCAUGGACAACCAAAGCACCAUUACCACCACCUCUGUCAACCAGAUCACUAGGUCUAACUCAAGCGAAUUCGGGCUCAAGGUUGAAGUCAAGAUUGUAGGACUCGAAGCCAUGAUUAGGGUUCACUCGGAGAAUUGUAAUUACCCGACAGCACAAUUAAUGGCUGCUCUUCGUGACCUAGAGUUCAAAGUCCUCCAUGCGAGUAUCUCGUGUGUGGAGGAGCUCAUGCUUCAAGACGUGGUGGUUAGGGUUCCCGAUGGACUGAAUAAUGAAGAAAGUCUCAAGGAUGCUCUUCUAGAAAAACUGAAGCAAUAAGUGCAUGCAUUAUUAACAGUGAUUUCAACUCAUGACCAUCAUAAGUACUGUCUUCAGUUAUGGUGAUCGAUCGGUGAAAACGCGGUGGAUCAUCUUCAUGCACGUCAAAUUAAAGUUUCUCGAUGGUGGCGAGAGCUGGUAAAAUUUGCAACACAAAGAAGUAAUGAUAUAUUCCAACAAUAGGAAAAAGGUACUCGUAAAUUAUUUCAAACAAA